AGGCGUGCGAGCAAUAGGGAGAGCGAGAGAGUAAAAGAACAAGUCUCAGCGCAUAGCUUAGCUCAAAAUACCACACGGCCCAAACACCUCCCACCAAAUCACUGGAGCCGUAGAGGAAGAACGGGUCACACAAAGAGGGGAGAAGAGGAGAAGCCAGCAGCAACAGAAAUCUGACGAGGAGGUUCCUUCAACAUCAAAGUCACAAACACAGGCAGUUGGCUCAGUAUGGUGCUAGCAGAUGAAUAGGGGGUGAGUGCCACUCUUGCCUCACUCUCUCAACUCCUCUUGCGUGUUUGUGUAUCUCUGUUUUUCACAAACUUGGCUUGGGGUGCAGUUGGCCGAUGUAUCGGAGGACCCCAAGCUUGACUUAGGAGGAAGAGAAUAACAAACAAAACAGGAGGAACGGAAAGACGGAUGAGGAUGCACUCUACUCUGCACCUGUUCACGUGAAACCACUGUGCUGCCAGAGUGUGGCCCGCUCAAUCUGUUCCCUUGGCCAGUCGUCGUUCUGAGCCACUCUGUCUCCCCGUGUCGGCGCAUAAGGAAGGAAUCUGCCCAUGCGGGUCUGAGUGCAGUUGUUAACUGUGACAGUGGGGUGCUUCUGCUGAUGCCUCUGGCUCAUUCCUUCUCCUGCUCAGCUCAGAGUGUGGGCUUCACACGUGUGCUCUGGUUUCCCCUCAUGUCCUAGGAAGGGAGGCUCUGGGGGAGAGAGAGGGAGAGAGACCACAAAACAGGACAUGCAUACAAAUGGAUACAAAUCAAAGACUGUUUUGUUAAAAAACAGUGCAUUUUAAAAACUGUGCAUAGAACUUAACAAUGUGGAAGUGUGGCUGUUGCCUUUGUUUUGGAGUCUGGAUGGAGAGAGAAGACUACUUUGAUGUGCCUUUUGUGCGUCAGACUAGCUCUACAGCUCUAAUUAUAUAGGCUGGAGAGAAGACUGCAUCUUCCUUAUAACCUGUGUGCGAGAACAGUGUUCUCCCUCCUUUCCUUCGAAUCCCCCAGGGGCCCCAUUGUCAUCAUUAAUGUCUACUGCAUACUGCCUGUGAGUUAUGCAGCAACAAGGGUUUCCAUAGAAAUAAAGGCAGCAGUGAGCGAGAUAAGGAGUGACAGACCUUCUUGCCUGUAGUCUUUGGGAGCUGAUGCGUGGCUGGCUGUAUGGGGAAGAGUGUUUGUAAAGGAGACGGAGGCAGGCGGGGGUGACGUGUACCUCUGCUCUGAAUGGAUGAAUGAGGAGAGCGAAUUCUCAGUAAAAGGGAGGUUAAGUUCAGGGACACAUGUGCUCCAAACUGCUCCUCGUCGCCACACAGAGACGGAUCGAGAGAGGGGAACAGUGAAAGAGAAGGAGCUGCAGGCUCUCUGACAUUCAGACUACCUUACAUAGCCAACAGCAGUGGACAGGACAGGACAGGACAGAAAACAGACGGCUGUUGAUCAGAACCUCCCUGCAGUGUUCCUGCUGUGUCUGUUCUUGGCGAGAUCAUCCUAUACUGUCAUUUACUUUGGAGCUUUAUCUAUUCAUUUUUGACAACUGUGGAAUAUUUACAGAGGAAAAAAACUGGGUAGUCCUCACUUUCUACAGAGAAAUCUUUGUGAAGUUUGAGAUUUUCAGUAAUUUGCACACAAGCGUCAAGACAAUCAGAGUCGAGGAAAAAAGUAAACUUUGAUUGAACACAUUUUGUAAACUGAAGACCAAGUUCUUUGUUCUUUUCAGUGGUCUGUCAACUUUCUUUGAAGAGGACAGUGAAAGCAGUAAGGGCUGAGGCAGAGACAGACACAGAGGAAUACGUGACUGCCAUCUGCUCUGACCUUGUCUGGUCUUACUCUAAAUGCACCAGCCAGCUCUUAGGGGAGCUCACAGCCGCUGACUCAUCUAGGAGUUCUCACUUGGCACCGUGGCCAUUUUGGCUCUUUAGGUUCAUCUACCCGUUAAUGGCAGGCUGUAGCAAACCUCUGCCACUCCAGUGGAGGAGCUGACGAGUGCCUACCUGCGUGCCCUUACUCACAGCCAGAGGUGUUUGGGUUUUCUAAGGGGGUGGUCAAGCAGCCCGUCUUGAGGGACUGAGAGAGAGACAGAGAGAGGGCCAUCAUGGAUGACUCCAGCAUCUUACGGAGAAGAGGCCUUCAGAAGGAGCUGAGCCUGCCCAGAAGAGGAAGCUUAAUCUGGCCGACUGCGCAGCACCGCUGCCAUGGCAACAGCAGCCUCCUCCAGCAGCUGUUGUCCCCCACCUCCCCUCCCUCUUGCAGGGGACCGGAGGAGCCAGCAUCCGCCCCCGUGCUGGGCCUUUCACACGGGUCCAACCCCUUCCCCUGGAGCUGUCGCACGAGCAACCGGAAGAGUCUAAUAGUGACUUCCAGUACCUCACCCACCUUACCAAGGCCCCACUCACCACUGCAUGGGCAUCCAGGGAGCAGCCCCUUGGACAGCCCACGCAAUUUCUCUCCCAACACCGCGGCCCAUUUUUCCUUUGUUCCUGCACGCAGUCACGGGCACAGGGCAGACAGGACGGAUGGCCGACGCUGGUCUCUUGCUUCUUUGCCCUCCUCAGGGUAUGGCACCAACACCCCCAGCUCCACAGUCUCUUCAUCAUGUUCAUCCCAGGAGAAGCUGCACCAGCUGCCCUUCCAGCCCACGCCCGAUGAGCUGCACUUCCUCACCAAGCACUUCAGCUCAGAGAGCAUCACUGACGAGGAGGGACGCCGCUCGCCUGCCAUGCGCCCCCGCUCACGCAGCCUCAGCCCCGGUCGCUCCCCCAUCUCUUUUGACCAUGAGAUCGUCAUGAUGAACCAUGUCUACAAGGAGCGAUUCCCAAAGGCUACCGCUCAGAUGGAGGAGCGUCUGGCGGACUUCAUGGCCUCCAAUGCCCCUGAUAAGGUGAUGCAGCUAGCAGACGGGGUUCUGAGCUUCAUCCACCACCAGCUGAUUGAGCUGUCCCGAGACUGCCUGGACAAGUCCCGUGAGGGUCUAAUCACCUCACGCUACUUCUACGAGCUACAGGAAAAUCUGGAGAAACUGCUUCAGGAUGCUCAUGAAAGGUCGGAGAGUGUGGAAGUGGCGUUUGUCACUCAGAUGGUGAAGAAGCUGAUGAUUGUGAUCGCCCGGCCUGCCCGGCUGCUGGAGUGUCUGGAGUUUGACCCAGAGGAGUUCUACCACCUCCUGGAGGCAGCUGAGGGCCAUGCCAAAGAGGGCCAGGGCAUCAAGUCUGACAUUCCCCGCUACAUCAUCAGCCAGCUGGGCCUCACCAGGGAUCCCCUGGAGGAGAUGGCCCAGCUGAGCAGCUAUGACAGCGGCCACCCCGACACUCCGGAGACUGAGGAGACUGACGGUCGAGGAGCCUCUGUGCAGCCCGCUCCAGCUCCAGUUCAGCAGAAAACCAAAACCCCUCGGGAGGAGGACUUUGAAAACAUCAAGCUGAUCAGCAAUGGUGCUUAUGGUGCGGUGUUCCUGGUGCGGCACAAGGAGACACGUCAGCGCUUUGCCAUGAAAAAGAUCAACAAACAAAACCUUAUCCUGAGGAACCAAAUCCAGCAGGCCUUUGUGGAGAGGGACAUCCUCACCUUCGCUGAGAACCCUUUUGUUGUGAGCAUGUUCUGCUCCUUUGAGACCAGACGCCACCUCUGCAUGGUCAUGGAGUAUGUGGAAGGCGGAGACUGUGCCACUCUCCUGAAGCACAUAGGGGCACUGCCAGUGGACAUGGCGCGCAUGUACUUCGCGGAGACUGUGCUGGCGCUGGAAUAUCUGCACAACUAUGGCAUUGUUCAUCGAGACCUCAAACCAGACAAUCUGUUGAUCACCUCAAUGGGACACAUCAAACUCACUGACUUCGGACUAUCUAAAAUUGGCCUGAUGAGCCUCACAACCAAUCUCUACGAGGGACAUAUAGAGAAAGACGCUCGUGAAUUUCUGGACAAGCAGGUGUGUGGCACUCCAGAGUACAUCGCCCCUGAGGUGAUUCUGAGGCAGGGCUACGGCAAGCCGGUGGACUGGUGGGCCAUGGGGGUCAUUCUGUACGAGUUCCUGGUGGGCUGUGCCCCUUUUUUCGGUGAUACGCCUGAAGAGUUGUUUGGACAGGUCAUCAGUGAUGAGAUCAUGUGGCCAGAAGAGGAGGAUGCCCUUCCUCCUGAAGCUGAAGACCUCAUUUCCAAACUCCUCAGACAGAACCCUCUGGAGAGACUGGGCACAGGGAGUGCAUAUGAGGUGAAGCAGCACCGCUUCUUUACUUACCUGGACUGGAACAGCCUCCUCAGACAGAAGGCUGAAUUCAUCCCUCAGCUGGAGUCAGAGGAUGAUACCAGCUACUUUGACACUCGGUCAGACCGGUACCACCAUGUGGACUCUGAAGAGGAGGAGGACACCAAUGAUGACGAGCACCUGGAGAUCCGUCAGUUCUCCUCUUGCUCACCGCGCUUCAGCAAGGUGUACAGCAGUAUGGAGCGUCUGUCUCUGCAUGAGGAGAAGCGCACGCCUCCUCCCACUAAGCGCAGCCUGAGCGAGGAGGGCGGAGAGCGGCUGGACAGCCUCGGUGGCCUCAAGUCCAGAGACCGCAGCUGGAUGAUAGGAUCCCCAGAGAUCCUGCGUAAGCGCCUGUCUGUGUCGGAGUCGUCGCACACAGAGAGCGACUCCAGUCCUCCCCUGACAGUGCGGCGCCGCUGCUGCUCCGCCAUCAUUGAGAUGCCCCGCUUCGCCAUCUCCGCCGAGGAGGAGGGCUCCAGCGGCCGCAAGACCCCUGUGAGGGGACCCCGCUCCGAGGAGCUGCCCCUGGCCAUCCCCGAGCUGCCUGUGGAACGGGAGCUGAAGCUGGACGAGUCACCCACCACACCAGGCUCCACCUCCAGCCAGCAGAGCCGCGCCACCCUCACACCGGGCAGCUCAGGUGAUGUGUGUGAGCGAGCGUCCCCACGGCCCUCGGCUGCAGCUGCGGACAUGUCCGAUAGCUCCACCCCUAAAGCCAUCAGUGACCUCGCAGCCCGCCGUGCCCGCCACAGACUGCUCUCCGGAGAGGCGGACAAACACACGUCUCGUCCGCUCAACAAGGUCAUCAAGUCCGCCUCCGCCACCACUCUCUCCCUCAUGAUUCCUUCAGAGCACCACGGUGCGUCGCCGCUCGCCAGCCCCAUGUCCCCCCACUCCCUCUCCUCCAACCCAUCGUCCCGCGACUCGUCUCCCAGCCGGGACCUGAGCCCAGCCAUCUGCAGCGUCAAACCCGCCAUCAUCAUCCACCGCGCCGGCAAGAAGUACGGCUUCACCCUCAGGGCCAUCCGCGUCUACAUGGGAGACAGCGACGUCUACACUGUUCACCAUAUGGUGUGGCAUGUGGAGGUAGGAGGUCCAGCCCAGGAGGCCGGCCUGCGGGAGGGAGAUCUCAUCACACACGUCAACGGGGAGGCAGUGCACGGUCUCGUCCACACUGAGGUGGUGGAACUCAUUCUGAAGAGUGGCAGUAAGGUGUCCAUAUCAGCCACGCCCUUUGAGAACACCUCCAUUAAAGUGGGCCCCGCCCGCAAGACCACUGUCAAGUCCAAAAUGGCACGCAGGAACAAGAGGACUAAGAACAAGGAAGGCCAGGACAGUAAGAAGAGGAACUCUCUGUUCCGUAAGAUCACCAAGCAGGCGUCUCUGCUGCACACCAGCCGCAGCCUGUCCUCUCUGAACCGCUCGGUGUCCUCUGGAGAGAGUGUGCCAGGCUCCCCCACACACAACCUCUCACCCCGCUCCCCAACACAGGGCUACCGCUCCACACCGGACUCCUCCCACUCAGUGGGAGGGAACUCAUCUCAGAGCAGCUCCCCCAGCUCCAGCGUGCCAAACUCCCCCGCCAGCUCGGGCCAGAUCCGGCCCAGCUCCCUGCACGGCUUGGCCCCCAAGCUCCAGCGCCAGUACCGCUCGCCUCGCCGCAAGUCCGCCGGGAACAUCCCCCUGUCGCCGCUGGCCCGCACGCCCUCCCCCACCCCCCAGAGCACCUCCCCCCAGCGCUCGCCCUCUCCCCUGUCCGGCCACCCCCACCUGGGCCAGUCCUUCCCCGUCAAGCUGCACUCCUCGCCCCCGCUCAUGCGCCACAUCGCCCGGCCCAAGAGCGCCGACCCCCCGCGCUCGCCCCUCCUCAAGCGGGUGCAGUCUGCCGAGAAGCUGGCGGCCUCCCUCUCGUCCUCCUCCCUGGUCACGUCCCUCUCCUCCUCCUCCCCCGCCGUCUCUGCCCCCUCCACCUCGUGCGGGACGUCGGGCGUGCGCAAGCACAGCCUGGACAUCAGCCACUCGGAGUUCAAGAAGGAGCUGCUGCAGCGGGAGCCCAGCCUGCAGGAGUCGGCCGGCGUGGGCAGCCUGCUGCUCGGGGGCCGCGCCGCGCCGGCCGAGAAGGGCAGCCUGCAGAAGCACUCGACCCGUAAGCUGGGCCGCCAGGAGGUGACCGAGGGCGCUGGGCCCCUGGGGCUGGCGCCCGGUAAGAGCAAGCUGAAGGACAAGCUGUCCGCCAUCCGACAGGACCGAGCCGAACGUCGAGAGUCGCUCCAGAAGCAGGACGCCAUCCACGAAGUGGAUUCGUCCGAGGACGAGACGGACGAGGGGUCGGAGGACAGCCAGGAGGGCCGGGGGCAGACCUACGUCACCCCCAGCACCUGCCUGCUGCGCCCCACUACGGUCACAGCGGCGUCCUCUACCUCCUCGGCCCUCAGACUGGGCCCCGGCCCCUCUGUGCCCCCAACUCUGGGCAUCACGCAGUCCGGUACCCCAAAGCUCCGAGCAGGCCCAGCGCCUGGACAAGGCCAGGCUGCGCCAGUGGGAAAGCCAGUAGCGUCCGACCCCAAGGCUGCUCCGUCUGCAUCUCCUGCUCCAGGCUCAGUCAACAGCUCGUCCAAAGCAGAGGUUGCUGGGAGGAUGGUGCCCACCUCCGCUCCCUCCACCCCACAGCAGAGCGCCCCCCCACCCAGUAGCUUCUCCACGCCCGGCUCCGCGUUCAUCUCCCUCACCAGAGAUCCCUUCCUGAGGCCAGCAGACCCGCGGCCCAGAUCCAGCCCCACCCUGCGGCGGGCGCCAGAGCCCAAGACCCCCUCCACACCGCCGAGCACCCCCAGGGAGUCCCAGACACCCUCGCCCUCAGGAGGGAUCACCAAGGAGAUGAAGGAGGCGGACAACCGCAGGCAGGCCAUGAGCGUCGCUGCCGCCGCCGCCUCCGUGGCGUCGUCCGCCGUGUCCGAAUGCGGAGUGGACAGAAUGGUAUCUCAGCUAGCCACCGUGGCGAAGAGCGUGCUGGGCCCGGUCAAGCUGAGCAUGCCUGGGUCCAAGGAAAGCGCCUCGUCCGACCCAAAGAGCAAAGAUCCAAAACUGGAGCGCCAGGAUUCAGCACCGAUGGCAGCAGCCGGCUCCACCUCCUCCCUGACGGCCCCCGCACUCUCCGGCUCGCCCAACAGAGCGCCUUCCUCCAGGCCCUCUGCCCCGAGGGACAGCAGUGCCCCUGGAGAGGAGCGUCAGGACAGGUCGGGGUCAGGGCCGACGCACAGCGCCCCCUCUCUGAGGUCCAGGCCUGAGGCCAAAGGCAGCACCACGCCACAAGACAAAGCCAACAAGAAGACAUAGCAGUCCCCUCCCCUCCCCUCCACUAGACUGUCAAGGACUUUUGACUCACAAGUGCAUGUUGGAACCCAACAUUACAGACUUUUACCAUACACUAAUCUGAACAGUAAAUAAGGAUAUAUAAAAAAUGAUACAAACAUAACUGCUCCAUUCCUUGUCCAGUGUUGCGUAUAUCCAGUGUGAAUGAACCAUUCUGUGUCAGACCCUACUCUCCACACAUGCUUCUUGUUUUUAAUUUGAUAUUUGGGAUCGUUUGUCUUUUCUCUACAAAACAAUGGGGCUAGAAAUAAGCUGAAUGUUGUAAAAUAUUCACACAUAGAUAUAUACACACUCUCACAUAUACACUUGAACUAUAGGGACACAAUCUGAGGCCAUGUUUUUACCCUAACAGAUCUGGUUGUGCCUUAAAGAAAAUAUGAUCAUUGCUGUUCAUCUGCAUGUCAACCUACCUGUGAUUUCUAUAGGGGGUUAAAGGAUGUAUCUCAGCAAUAAAGUAGCGUAUGCUUAGCAAUUUGUACAAACACAUCACAUAAGCACCAUCUGCAUCAGCUACUUGGCAAACAAAUGCAUAUCCCAGCAUCCUUUGUUCACGUACUGUGACCAUAGAGUCUGUGAGUUGAAGGCUCCUCGUUCAUAAGCUUGCCUGCUGUGCUUCACCUGCACUUUGUGGUUCAGUCAUCCAUUCUCUUCUCAAAACACUUCUCGUUUUAUCAGUUUAGUGUCUGUAAGCCAAUAUGAAUGUUUACUGGUAACGUCCUAGGAUAGAUUAGCAGUAUCUCAGCAUGAUAAAAAAAAUAAUACCUCUUUGUGUGUGUGUCUGUGUGAUUAAGUUUAUCAAUCGAAUUUGCCAGUGUUGCACAUGAGAUUUUGUUGUGAAGUUUGUGCAUAGAAAAAUCACUAUAGCACCAUCAUAUGUUAACAUGUGAAUAGGCCUGCUGAGCAUAUUUGUAAACUGAUGUAGUUAGUAGUCUAAUGAAACUAAACUCUCUUAUUUUAGUAUACUUAGUCUAGUUGUAAGAGGAGCAUCAUCAUCUGUAUAAAGGAAACAGUUAAUCACACUCCGUGUAAGAAUGAGUGUGUGUUUAAAGUCCAAUUUUCCAAAUCACUCUUCAGCUGCUCACCUCUGAAACCUAUUAAGUGACCAGACUAGACCGACAUCUCAACCCUCAGGCUUCUUAAUCGUAACACUCGUGGGUGAAAACUGGAAGGAAAUAACACACACCUCAUGAGGCUUUAGGGCCAUGGUUGUGACUCGUGUCUGAGAGGCGCUCCAGUAGACCACUAGCUUAAUUUCUAGCCCCUUCUGUCCCCUGUGUUCACUUUGUUUGCUUUUGUUUGCAACGAAAUCAGCCCAAUGUUUUUAGCUCUGGACCAAUUUGCUGUGUUUUCACUGUAUCUGUGUUGCCUCUUAUCUGAUAAGGUUACCUGACUAUAUGCUCUGUGUGAAUGUGUUGUGUGUGUACAUAGGUGAUUGGGGUGAUUGUGUGUAUAUAUAUAUAUAAAUGAAUAUGUACAAAUCUUUUCUGUGUUUUAUACGCUGCAGUAUUGAGAGUGUGUGUCUGUAAACUAGGUUAGCCUCUGUGUAUGUAUUGCACCUGUGCUGUCUAAUCCUGCCCUUUGUGAAGUGCUGGGCCGGAGGGCAGCUUUGCACAAAAAAAGCAACCCCCCUUUUUUUUAACUUUUUGGUUUGUGUGUGUGUGUAUUCUUUUCUCCUUUUCAAGGAAAACAAUAAAUUGGCCAAUCAGACCCUAUCCCUCUGAGGUGUUGACCAAUCCCUAGACCUCUUGGGGUGUCGUGCACCUCAGUUAUACCUUUUGAACCCUUAAUGGUUCCCCGUUCUAAUUCUGUGGUAUAUCCCGUUAUGUGUUAUUGUAUGUUGUUUUAAACUUGUUUUAAAAUGACACAGCCAGACUCUCCCCCUUUCUCAUCGUUGUCUGACUGCCACCAUUAGGACACUUGCUUUAGCAGUGUCCUCCACCCAGUCACUGUUCAGCUUGCAAGGUCAUGUGGCUACAGUCUGGGUGCAGGCGUGUGCAUUGUGUUUACAUAUCUUUACCUCAGAAAAGCCACUAACUUGAGCCACAUUGCAGUGCCAAUGUCCAUGGCUGCUCACUCUUGACCUGGCCGUAGUGUUUAAGCCUAUCUAAGCCACAUAUGUUAGCAGCCAGAGUGCUUUUACUGAGUUGUGUCCAUGGGUAGCAUGAACUUCAUAUGGGUCUGUAUGUGCAGCAGAUAAAGACCUUCUGCAUACGAGUCCAUAAUGUCUGAUGAAUCUUACAUAAGAAAAGAGCAGGGCACUGAGUGAAGGUUAACAGCGAUGCUCAAACCCUCCCUGACCGAUGAAGUUAAAGUUGGUGAUGCAAAAGAAAAAGGUUCUGUGAUCAACAUGUCUCCCUUCUUUGGUUGUCUCAGAUUCCUUCAGUCUGUAGAACUCUUCAGGCUCCCUGACAAAAAAUGCCAUUGCUACUCCAACCCUUAUGAUGAGGCUAAGAAUUUUAAGAAUGUAUGAAAUUAUAUGUUAUGGGUUGUUGGUAUAUAAUGUAAUUUGCGUUAAGCCUGUUACAGAGCCUCCAUUAGAUUUUUUUUUUUUGAAAAUGCACAGUAGAUGAUCUUGUGCUGUUUUGAGAAGAACUUCACGGUGUGAUGGAUAAUUGUUAUUUUGAGAGUGGCAGGGUGAACAGAUAAUUCCCAAACAAAAUAUGUAAGAAUCAUUCCAUGUGUGGUACUGUGGUCAUUCAGUUCUCUGCCAGGAGAAGAGUAAAACUAUAGUGGAUCUUCAAGAAAAAUUCUAUGUGGAGCAAGAAUGUAUAUGUUUACAAAUUGUAGCGCAGUGUAUGUCAUUAGAGUAUGUUGUUCCUCUGGAAGUCGGUCUAUGGCACGUUUGCCUCUCUCUAUCUCUUUCUAAUCAGUGGCUGUCUGCAGCCUUCAGCCACACAUUUCUGUCUGAAAUUGAAAUGUGAUUUUUCAUGUGAUGGACACACACACUCCCAUGUGUAACUGCCAUCAGUUCUAGAGAGGGCUGGUGUGUCAGUAACCCCUGCCCCCAACUCCUCAUUAAUCUACAGCCACUGCCCUGUUGACUACACAGCUGUCAAUCCUCAAACAGCCACUAAACACAAACUCAGAUCCUAGGCACACAAAACACACAAUGAACCACACUCAUUGACUGGAAAUAUUUUGAUUAGGAUACUAGGAUUCUGAAUCAGUGUCUCUAAAUUCCUCCUCCCUAUUGAACGUGAUGUACUUUAGUCUUUGUCGCCCACAUUUCUCGCACACCCACAACUCACACAGACACAUUAGUAUUGCACUCCCAUCAGUUCAGAUAAAGAGGUGUGUGUGUGUUCUCCUUUCUGUGUGCUUUCUUGUGGCCACAGCAGAUUACUGAGCCAGUGUUGGGGCGUUGGCCUUUGCCACACAGCUGAUGGCUGGUACGGAGCGAACUGACACUUGUGGGCUGAGUGUAAGAGACAUUCCUCUGGUGUUUAAACAGGAUGCCUGAUCCGCACUGUGUACAGUAGCCUGUGCUUAUCAUCAUGGUAUUAAGGGAAGGGUGGCAGUAGAGUAUGUAGUAUGUAUGAUGGACAUGAGUUUGGGGGAAGAGGAUAUAAUGCUAGAGUAACCAGUGCAAUAUCUUUUCAUUUUCUAUUGUGGUAUAAGCAUGUUUGUUGUCAUUUUCCCUUUAGAAGUAAUAAAGUUUUUAUGUAAAAAGUA